GGGGAGGGACCUGGAGGACUCAGGGGAGGAUUGUAGCGCUCAGGCUCAGGGAGUGGAGGGCGCCGCAGUGAGAUCGCUGCUGUGUAGUUGAUAGACUGGGCGGGGCUGGGACGCAGGCGGGACCCGUGGGGACGCGAACCCGGGCGCCUAGAUGCCCAGACAGAGGCGACCGCGGGCACGUCUUGGCCACGACCUCUCGGCACCCUUGGGCCUGUGCACCCUGGCCAUCUGCCCUUGGUCCCCAGCCGGCCAUGCCCUCACCCGCGCCUCCCACCGAGUUGCUGCCGUGGGAGCGCGCGGUGGUGCUGCUGUCGUGUGCGCUGUCAGCUCUGGGCUCGGGCCUCCUGGUGGCCACGCACGCCCUGUGGCCUGACCUGCGUAGCCGGGCGCGGCGCCUGCUACUCUUCCUGUCGCUAGCAGACCUGCUCUCGGCUGCCUCGUACUUCUACGGAGUGCUACAGGACUUUGCGGGCACUUCGUGGGAUUGUGUCCUUCAGGGCGCGCUCUCUACUUUCGCCAACACAAGCUCCUUCUUCUGGACGGUGGCCAUCGCCCUCUAUCUAUACCUCAGCAUUGUCCGAAAUACGCGCGGGCCCUGCACGGACCACCUAGUCUGGGCUUUUCACCUCAUCAGCUGGGGUGUCCCGUUGGCUAUCACGGUGGCAGCCGUCUCUCUAAAGAAGAUAGGCUAUGAUGCGUCAGAUGUGUCCGUGGGCUGGUGCUGGAUCAACCUGGAGGCUGAGGACCGUGUCCUGUGGAUGCUACUGACUGGGAAGCUGUGGGAGAUGCUGGCUUAUGUCUUGCUACCUCUGCUGUACCUUUUGGUCAGGAAGCACAUCAACAGAGCGCACCAGGCGCUCUCGGAAUACCGGCCCAUCUGUGAGGGGCGCCAGCUGCAGCGAGGGUCCUCCACCUCCACGGCCGAUAAGAAGCUGAUUCUCAUUCCGCUCAUAUUCAUCUGCCUCCGGGUCUGGAGCACCGUGCGCUUCGUCCUGACCCUCUGUGGCUCCCCAGCCGUGCAGACACCCAUGCUGGUUGUUCUGCAUGGUAUUGGAAACACCUUCCAGGGAGGGGCCAAUUGCAUCAUGUUCGUCCUCUGCACUCAGGCCGUCCGCAAGAGGCUCUUCUCUCUUUGCUGCUGCUGUCCUUGGCCCUCCACCCAGAGCCCUCCUGGGGCUCCUACUCCCCCUAAGAUGGGAGAGUCUCAGGAGUCCAGACGGACCCCAGAAGUGCCCAGCACUUGAACAGUUGGCUUUCCUCACUGUCCACGCUAGUGCUGCCUUCCUGGUUCCUGCUUCAGGAUUCGGGGACCAGACACACUGAAGCCUUGCCUAGUGAAGCUCGGUGGAGGGACAGCCAUCAGUGUGGACCCCUCUACCUCCUGGACUCACAGGCAGGCAGUGCAUUCCUUGCACACUCAUGUCCUUGUCGAGUGGGGUUUGUUUGUGUAAGCACAAAGACGGGAGACUCCGCUAACCAGGACACUGGUUCUCCGUGUCCCCGGCCACCAGCGCUGUUUACAGUUGGAGGGAUCCAUACCUGUGGACCCAUCCCCAUGACUGAAUAAUGGACACCAUCUUGGAUCCCAAACAUCACAGUAUGGAGUCCAGGUUUGCCGGGGUGUUGAGAAUCCCUGGAGACCCUGAGGAGAAUUAGCAAUGCUGAUCAGCCGAGGGUAAUAUCCUUAAACUAGCUCGAAAGUCCACCAAGGUCACAGGAGGCUGCCAUCAUUAAUCCAAACCACCCAGGCACACACUCAUGGGCACCUCACGGAGCCUCUGCGUGGGACAUCACCCCUCAAUGUUUCUUACAUCUGAAUUUCAGCACAGGCCAGAGUCCAGAGUCCCGUUCAUCAGUCAAUCACUUAACAUUCACACCCCCUCCCAGUACCAGGACAGACAGUGGCUCAACUCCAGUCCCUAUGGACAAUUAGUUAGCCUGCUGUUCUCACAGAACCCUGUCCCCCGGUGACUCAUACAGGGGUGAGUGGGGAGGGCGUGUGGCUCUACAGUUCGCUUAGGAAAGAUGAUCAGAGAGCUAGUGAAGGAAUCUGAUUCCACCCCGAAGGUAAAUGAUUUUGAGAUUCAACCUUGAGCCGGCUCAGUGUAGUUUCCAGGUUAGUCCUACACGCAAAAUCCUUAAACACCUUUGUGUUUUGUUUUGUAGUUAUCUGGGGGAAAUAGAAAUAGGAUUUUAAGAUGAUUAUAUUUUAUUUUAUUUUUUGAGAUGGGUCUUAUGUGGACAUGCUGGCCCGGAACUUGCUCUGUAGAUCAGGCUGGUCUCUAACUGAGAUCUGCCUCCUGAUAAUUACAUUUUAAAAAUAUGAUUUUUUUUUUUUGUGCCUGUUAGGGCAGGUGCUCUGCCACUAAGUUCUAACCCAUUCCCACCCACCCCUUUUUUUGAGACAGAAUCUCACUAAGUUGCCUAGACUGGCCUUGAACUCUCUCUUGACCAGGCUGGUCUUGAACUUGAGAUUUUCCUACCUCAACUUCCCAGGAAGCUAGAAUUGUAGCCUUGGGCUGACAAGCCUGGGCAGAGAGGGGCUGAACUGAGGUCUGCACCUCUCUCUACCCAACGGUUCUUCUAUCCAUGCAUCCCUCCUUUCAGGCAGCGGGGUGUGCUGACUCGCAGGCUCUCGGUAUGGGAAGCAUGCCCGCCACCUUGCAGUCAAGGUGACAGUAGCGCCCUUAGAUUCUGUCAAUACUCCCACAAAACGGAGAGGAUGCUCAGAGCCUGGUAAAAUGGCUCAAAAUGAAAGCAGAGUCACUUGGGGCCGUCAGUUCCCAUCGCUAUCAGGAAAGGAAUAUUCGCUCUGAGGGCUGUGACCAUGUACUCCUCUUCUGGUUUCCUGAAGCAUUUCUUUAGGGAAAAUCUACAAGAGGUGUGUGUGUUCCCUUCUGGGAGUCAAAGAAAGCUCCUCGGCUGUGCUUACAAAACCAGUCUGUGCAGGGCAUCCCGAGAUCCUUUGAAGAUAUCACAGCCAAUGUGUGUGGCUGUCAGCGUACAGCGGUAAUGAUCUCCUGGCUUCUAAAAUGGAACAGAAAUUCUAGGAAUUUGUUUCCUGUAGAGAAAAUAAGCUACAACAUACCACAGAGGGAAUGAUGGUGGAACAAACCCAGCUGGACAGGGCUCCGUGGAGCCCUGGCUAUUUGGGGCCUUGCUCAGGGAAAACCUUGCAGAGGGGCAUCAGAAAGCCCUGGUCCUGGAGCCUGGGGCUUACCCAAGCUUUCUGGUUGAUGGUUGAUGCAACUGGCCAUGUUUGCUGCCCGUAAAACCCUCUACAAAGUCUACACUCGGCUCUUUCCAUCUGUUUCCCAUGCUGCCCUGUCACCUUGGGUGGCUGGUGGUGACCCAAGGCUUGGUGCCUGGCCUCUAGCCCUGUGAACUCAGAGACAUCAAACUUAACUCAGCCAGUGACCAAGUGGGUUUUCUGGGCACCCAGGGUUCAGAACUAAAGAAGGAAAGACUCCUGGGGCCAGGAGGGGACUUGGAGCCUGUGAGGCCACCAGCCCCCCUUCGCUUUGCUCAGCCUGAUGGGUUACCAUCUCUGUUAGGUAGUGUCAUUAAUAUGUGUCUGUCUGUGUCUGUCAGUCACCCAAAUGUGACCUCAGCCUUAAUGGGUGCUCCAGCCCUUGCCAUGCACCCCUUUUCUUAAGCACUUUGUGGAUCUUGUUCUGCUAAUCCAUUGCCAGCUGCUUCCUGCCUCUGACUUUCUGAGGCUCUCUCUCUCUCUGUGUGUGUGUGUGUGUGUGUGUGUAUGUGUGUGUGUGUGUGUGUGUGUCAUUAUGCUCUAGCACUUAGCUAGUUUCCCAUCUCUGUCCAUUUUAUUUUUUAAGUUUUGAAACAAAGGGUUCUCACUCGUUGUCCAGGCAGGCCUUAAGCGGUUUUACUGUUUCUGGGUUUACAGGCCUAUGCCACCCCCAGUCAGCUUUUAAAAGCAUUGUAGUUUAUCCGAAGUUCACAGUACCAAUGAGAGCAUAUGUCUUUGUUUUUAUGUGUAUGAGUGUUUUGUGUGUAUAAGGGCACCUUAGUGUGUGUCCAGUGCCCUCAGAGGCCAGAGGGAGCCUGGUCCUCUGAGAGUGGAGUCACAGAUAGUUGUGAGCUCUGGGUAAAGGGAACUAAACCCGGUCCUCUGCAGGACCAGCCAAUGCUGGGACCUGUUGAGCUAGCUCAGGACCAGCCAAUGCUGGGACCUGUUGAGCUAGCUCUGCAGCCCCUCUGCAAAUGUUUGUGUGAACUCACAGUUGUGGCAUAAUUAAACCUAGCAUGAGAUUUUUUUGGAAGUGAUGUUAACUCUCUGUGAAAGCCCAAACUCUUGCUGUUUUAAAUUAAACGAAUCUGUCAUUU